UCUCCAGGUAAAGUUCGGCGGGAUGUCGAAUCUCUCUAAAACCCUUCUUUUGUAAAGUUGUAAACAAGUGUCAGAGAAACACAGGUAAAGAAAAAGAACGAAGUAAUCUCUAUAUUAAAAUGGGGAUUACAAAAAUCCCAUCGAUUUCUUUUUCCCUCUCUUCUUAUUCUUCUUCGCCACUCUCUUCUCUCUUCUUCUCUACGAUCACCAAUUCUUCUUAUUCAAUCAAAUCAUUUCAUCCCCGCCACUCGAAUCGAACUCACUCUGAGUUCCAGUUUCUGUCUCUAAAUCAACCAAAUCCCUCACCGAAAUUAAUUAAUAAACCUCUCAACAACAAAUUUCUUCACUGUCUUACUGAUGUAUCCAUGGCUGCUGAAGAGGUUUCAUCUGUAGAUUUUCAGGGGGAUUUGUCACGUUCAAGAGCUUAUUGGGUAAAUGAAUCAGUAAUUGCUUGGGAUGUUGAUAUUGGAGAUGGAUCUUGUUACUUGUACGCUAGUGAAACUGCUAAUUUAGUUGCUACUGGCAACGGCAUUGAAGGUGAUGAUAUUAAAGUGAAACUCGAACCAGAUAGCGGUUGUCUCCCGGCUGAUGUAAUUGAAAAGUUUCCCCAUAUUCAACAUUAUAAACCAUUCAAAGUUCCUCCUGGUGUAGAUACCAAGAACCUACUGAAGUGCCAGUUAGCAGUUGUGUCAAUUCAAGCUGAUGGACAAUGCAUUAAUGCUACUGGUUUGCAGCUCCCUGGUGUUUUAGAUGACUUAUUCUCUUACGGUGGACCACUUGGUGCUGUCUUUUCAGAAGAGGCUGUUUCUCUGUACCUUUGGGCUCCUACUGCUCAAGCUAUACGUGUUCACAUAUAUAGGGACCCAUGUGGUGGCAGUCCAAUAGAAAUCGUUGGGCUUGAUGAGGUAAAUGGUGUUUGGAGUGUUCAUGGACCAAAAUCCUGGGAAGGAUGUUAUUAUGUAUAUGAAGUUUCUGUCUACCAUUAUUGCACUUCGCUAGUUGAAACAUGCAUCGCCAACGAUCCUUACGCUAGAGGGCUCUCUGCAGAUGGUAAACGGACAUUAUUGGUUAAUCUUAGUUGUGAUAGUAUAAAACCGGGUGGAUGGGAUAUGCUGUCAGACGAGAAACCUGAGCUUUCUUCCUUUUCGGAUAUCAGUAUUUAUGAGCUGCACAUAAGGGAUUUCAGUGCCAAUGACCACACUGUGAAUCCUGACAUCCAAGGUGGUUAUCUUGCUUUUACCUCAGAGGAUUCAGCUGGUAUUCGUCAUCUGAAGAAACUUCAAAGUGCCGGUCUUACUCAUUUGCAUCUGCUGCCAACCUUCCAAUUCGCUGAUGUAGCUGAUGAAAAGGAGAAAUGGAAGUUUGUAGAUGUGGAGAGUUUAGCAGCGCUUCCUCCAGAUUCUGACGAGCAACAAGCUCAAGUUACAGCAAUCCAAGACGAGGACGGGUUUAACUGGGGGUAUAACCCUGUGCUUUGGGGAGUUCCUAAGGGUAGCUAUGCUACCAACCCGAAUGGUUCAUGUCGUACUCUUGAGUUCCGAAAGAUGGUUCAGUCACUUAAUCGCAUUGGACUUCGUGUUGUUUUGGAUGUUGUGUAUAAUCAUUUGCAUGGAAGUGGACCUCAUGGUGACAACUCUGUGCUUGACAAGGUUGUUCCAGGAUACUAUCUGCGAAGGAGCUUUGAUGGAUAUAUUGAGAACAGCACAUGUGUAAACAAUACUGCCAGUGAGCAUUUUAUGGUAGAGCGCCUGAUAGUUGAUGAUAUUCUAUGCUGGGCAGUUGAUUACAAGGUUGACGGGUUCCGCUUCGAUCUCAUGGGGCAUAUAAUGAAAAGAACCAUGCUAAAGGCACAAAAUGCUCUCCGCAGCCUAACAAAGGAUCAAAGUGGAGUUGAUGGCACUAAGAUCUAUAUAUAUGGGGAAGGAUGGGACUUUGGUGAAGUAGCUAAAAAUGGGCGUGGAGUAAAUGCAUCACAGUUCAACAUUUGUGGGACCAGUAUUGGAAGCUUCAAUGAUCGAAUGCGAGACGCCCUAAUUGGUGGAUCUCCUUUUGGUCACCCGCUACAACAAGGCUUCGUGACUGGUCUAUCUUUCCAGCCUAAUGGACAUGACCACGGUGCGAAGAUUGUUGUAGAAAAGAUGCUCUCAGCAUCCCAGGACCACAUCCAGGUCGCAAUGGCUGGAAACUUGAGGGAUUUUGUUUUAACCAGUCAUCAAGGAGAAGAGGUUAAGGGAUCUGAAGUUCUAACUCAUGAUGGAUCACCGGUUGCUUAUGCUCUAUGUCCCUCAGAAACUGUUAAUUAUGUCUCUGCUCAUGACAAUGAAACAUUGUUUGACAUCAUAAGCUUAAAGACACCUAUGGAUAUUUCUGUAGAUGAGAGGUGCAGGCUAAAUCAUUUAGCAACAAGUAUAAUUGCACUUUCGCAGGGAGUACCAUUCUUCCAUUGUGGCGAUGAGAUGUUACGUUCAAAAUCUCUUGAUCGCGAUUCGUACAAUUCUGGUGAUUGGUUCAACAGGCUGGACUUCAGCUAUGAGACAAACAACUGGGCUGUUGGCCUUCCUCCCAAAGGGAAAAACGAGAGAAGCUGGCCCCUGAUUAAACCAAGAUUGGCAGAUCCCUCUUUUAAGCCUAAAAAGAGUCAUAUUCUCGCUGCAGUGGAAAAUUACUUGAACUUGUUGAGGAUGCGUUACUCUUCACCUCUUUUCCGUUUGCGGACAGAAAAUGAAAUCCAGGAAAGGGUACGUUUUCACAAUACGGGUCCAUCUUCAGUUCCCGGGCUCAUAGUAAUGAGCAUUGAAGACAGUCAUAAAGGCAGACCGGGUUUGACCCAAUUAGAUCCAAACUACUCUUACAUUGUUGUGGCCUUCAAUGCAAACCCGAGGGAGGUCACAUUUACAAGCCCUGCUCUUCGUACAAGAACUCUUGAUCUACAUCCCAUACAGCUGAUGUCUGGUGAUGAGGUAGUAAAAUAUUCAAAUUAUAAUGCCUUCACUGGGAGCUUUACCGUGCCCCCAAGGACGACUUCAGUGUUUGUUGAAUCUCGUGAAAUCUGAUAGUUCGCCACUCGUAGUAAAUUGAUGCUGGGGUAUCCGUAGUAACCUUUAAUAAGUCAGGGGAUUCAACGACCCAGCAGUUUCCGCUAGUUUGAAAGAGGUGGUGAAGCGCCAAAAUAAAUUGCCGGGAUAAUCAUUCAGGAAAAUUCUUAAAUGCAGGGCAAAUAUUACCAUCUUCACGCCUGUCUUUCAUUUAUACAAUUUGUUGUAUUAACUCUCUGGCACAGUCUGAUUUAUUGGCCAAAGCUUCAUACUAGAGAUCCCAGUUUCUAAAAUGUUUUUCUUUUUCUCUCAAAAAACAGAAGAACAAUCUUGAAUUAGCCAAAUAGGUACAUCGGUCACCAUAUUUCUCGUGUAAGCCACACCAUGAUGUCUUCCGUUAGGCUGGUGUGAAAUAAAAUAUUUAAAACACGGCUCAUUUGUGUCUGAUUUGAUCAAGGAUGAGUCAUUGUCUGAA